AUGGGACUGCAGUACUUGGGUAUUCCUCGACAAGCUCGUGUAGUUGAAGCGUGUCCAAAUGAGGCUUGGGGUAUGCGUGGGCGAGGGAGGAGAGUGUUUGGUGAUGUGUAUACUGCCAUUGAAAAUGCUCAGAAACCAGACGCUAUGACGGGAAGUGAUGUUAUUUUAUGGAGGCACAAUGAGGAGGAUUUUAAGGACCAUUUCUCAGCGGCUAGAACAUGGGAUCAGAUUAGAGUUCGGGGGCCAGAAGUACCUUGGCAUCAUCUAGUGUGGUUUACCCAAGGAGUACCACGCCACACUUUCAUUGUUUGGCUGACGUUUAAGGAUAGACUCUCUACAGGAGUCCGUAUGCGACAGUGGGGGAUCACACAGGGUUGUAUGUUAUGUGGAGAGCCUGACGAGAGCAGGGACCACCUGUUUUUUUGCUUGCCCUUAUACGUUUACGGUCUGUUCUAA